AUGAACCUCGCCAUUAAAGGGACUCUCAUAGACGCAAUGACCACCAGAUUCUCUGUCCUUGAAGAUGAUCUCUCCUGCCCAAUAUGCGGGAAGAUUUUUCAAGAGCCUGUGGUGCUUUUCUGCAAACAUAAAUUCUGUAAACUCUGCUUGGAGAGUAGCUGGGAUGGUGGAGGAGCUUGUGAAUGUCCACUCUGCUGCCAGCCAUCAUCCAUGGGGGAACUCAUAGUGAACAAAAUGCUCAAGACAACCUGUGAAGGUUAUCUGAAAGAACGGCGCAAGAGUAACCCUUUUGCAUGCAAGGAACAUGGUGAGUCUCUGACCUUAUUUUGUCUGGAAGAUCUACAGCCUACAUGUGUUGAGUGCAAGGAAUCAGGAAGCCACAAAGGGCAUAGAUUAUACUCUUUGGAAGAGGCGUCACAAGAUUGUAAGGCUGAACUGAAGACCGCUCUGAAGCCACUGCAGGACAAGCUGAAGCUCUUCAGGAAUGUUAAAUCCACAUAUGAUCUAACAGCAGAGCACAUCAAGAGACAGACAGAACAUACAGAGAGGCGGAUCAGAGAGGAGUUUGAAGCACUUCACAAGUUCCUUCAAGAAGAAGAAGCUGCCAAACUCUCAGAACUGAAGAAAGAGGAGACGGAGAAGAGCGAGACCAUCAUGGAAAAGACUGAGGAGAUGGAAAACGAAAUUGCAUCCCUCACAAACACCAUUAGGCAUAUCGAAAAAGAGAUGAGCUCUCAGGAUAUCCAGUUCCUCCAGAAUUACAAGCAAACCAUAAAGAGAACUUGGCAGAUACCCCAGGACCCACAGAUGAUAUCAGGAUCUUUGGUUGACGUAGCCAAACAUUUAGGCUCUUUAAAAUUCAUUGUCUGGGAAAAGAUGAAGAAUAUCAUCCAAUAUACUCCUGUGAUUCUGGACCCGAACACAGCAGCCAACUGUUUCAAGCUAUCAGAGGACCUGACGACACUUCAGUGCUGCUCCUAUAUCUUCAAACUCCCGGAUAAUCCGGAGCGCUUUGACGUCAGUGCUGAGUUGCUGGGUGCUGAGGGCUUCUGCUCAGGCAAACACAGCUGGGACGUGGAAGUCAAAAACAACACCUACUGGGUGAUCGGAGUAGCCAGCGAAUCAGUGAAGAGGAAGGGCAAGAACGUGCUGACACCUGCCGAGGGGUUCUGGACUAUUCGGUUGCGGAACGGCGAGUACAAGGCUUGCUCGGCACCGUGGUCAUCGCUAACCAUGAACAGGCAGCCGGAUGUGGUGAGGGUGGUGUUGGAUAUGGACAGGUCGAAGGUGAUGUUCUAUGACCCGAGAGAGAGGACACCACUCUACACGUUCACAGACAUCAUCUCUCCACGAGUGUUUCCUUACUUCUGCAGUGCCUGCAAGGAACAUCCACUCAAAGUCCUUCCAGCGAGUGUGCAUGUUAAAGUGUAGCACUAGACCGUAGUAAAACCCUCCCCCUCUCUCACGCGCACGCACGACCUGAUUUAUAUUCAUUACAGGGUGGAGUGGUAAUUUAUCCACAUGGGAAAGUAACAACUUCAAAUCGGUCCACUAGUUUACUACAUUAAUUUGUAUGCUAACUUCAAAUACAGUUAUACUAAAGUGCAAAAAAGUUUGCACACCCUUAGUACACAAUGCAAGAUAAACAUUUAUUUAUUGUAACCAGAAAGAUAUUUAGCGUGUAUUAGUGUUUUCCAGAUGCUCCUCUAUUGGUGAGUCACAAAACCAGGAUGUCAAGGAUGUAGUAGCUCAUCCGGCCUGCCAUCAAAAUAACCAUGACAACCAAAACAUCAAACAGAACUGAAAUGUGAGAGAGGACCAACCUCCACGACUAACAGUUUACAACAGGACAAAUCAACAAAAGGACUAAAUUUUGUUCCCCUGAGGGAAGAUCGACCCAAAACAUCGAUCAGAACUGAAUUCGUAUGAUAAAUGAGAGAGGAGAUACAAUUCUGGUCAGAAGAAAAUUCGUUAAGUUGACCUAAUUUGGGGCGGCACGGUGGUGUAGUGGUUAGCGCUGUCGCCUCACAGCAAGAAGGUCCUGGGUUCGAGCCCCGGGGCCGG